AUGGCUCCCUUCGCUUUCGAGCUCCAUUCGCAAGACCGAUCUAGCGAUGAUAAAGAGCAGUUCAACCGGCACAGUCCAUUUUCGGACGCCUUUCCUCUCCGUCUGAAAUCUAUGGAAUCCCUCUUCGCAACCUCUCCCGAAAUUGAAUGGAAGCACGAAUGGCACGCCUCGGGCCAAUGCGAGCAAGCCGUUGAAGUCUAUCUCGACCGGCCCCGCGACUUGGACUCCUUGUACCUCAGUCGAAUCCAGAUCACCCCCAGUUGUCUUGCCAAGUUGGCAGUUUAUUUCGAGCAGCUCCAGAGGCUCGAUAUUAAGUUUUGUAAUGAGAUCAGUAUCCCCUCGCAGCCUUGGCGCGUCGAUUCAGGCUUCUUUCAGUACGAUCUUGCGGGCCGGCCUCAGUUCUUUGCGGUUCUGCCGACUUCUUCUCAGUCGUCGGCAGCUACCGCGGCGGCUCUUGGGGUUGUUCCGGAGGGAGUGGACGCCGUUGAAGCUGAGGCCGCGUUGGAGGUUCUACCGAAAGUCCCGCCGCGCUGUUGUAUCUUGAACGACGAGAUGGCCGGGGCUUUGUCAAUGUUUCACGGCUUGAAAGCUCUUAUCCUGGACCAGUCGGACUACGACGAUUCCAAGGUCUCGCACUUUGGGUUCUUUUGUCUCCUCGAUGGGAUGCCGUUGCUUGAGUGUCUCAGUUUGACUGGGAUGUACAUCGGCGACGAUCCGGGCUGGGGCACUGCGGCUUCGAUGCAUGUAGAUGGCGGUAGCGGUGAUGUAUGUCCGAGUGAGGUUGAGUACCCGCGCUUGAAGUGUGUCCAUCUCGUAGGGACCCAUUUGGCGCCGUCGGUGGGGAAGGUUUUUUACAAGUCCUUGCCGAGCAUCUUGACGUACGAUACCAACCAAGUCGAUGAGGAGACGUGCUCGGAUAGGGUCCUUGUAACCUUGGUCGAUAGUGGAUGCUCUGUGAACCUGUUGAGUGUCCGAUUGGCUUUGGAUAGUGUCGAGAACCAGUUGCCUGCGAUGUCGAUAUCGUUGUCCGACUUCCACCGCUUCUCGAGUGAAAGCAGUGAUUCUGACUAUGGUUCCGCCGACUCUGCCCGGGGCUAUGUCCACUACAAUCAGGACGAUCAUUACGGAGACUCUGUCACCUGGUGCAAGCUGACGAACCCUGUCCUCAAUUACUUAUUGGCGUUCGUUCCGCGAAUCGAAUGUCUCGACCUCAAUCUCGUGCCCCUGGACGACCACAGCCUGCUACUUAUCGCCGUUUCCUGUACGCAACUUAAGACACUCCGAAUCGCGCACUGCAGUGAGGUGACCAAACGAGGUGUCGGACACAUCCUUGCCUUGUGCCAUUUCCUCGUUCAUCUGCAUUUCGAAGGCCUUUUUGCGCUCGAGUGCAUCUUCUGGGGACCAUUGAUUCCCGGUCAAGGAGAGGACGUGUACGAGCCUUGGGCCUGCGCGAAUGUGUUGAUCCAUUUCGGAGUGGUCAAUUGCCCCCUCUGGGGCCAGAGCUGGACACGUCCCGAGACGAUCCCCAUCAUUCGCCGCCGCAUUGCUGAUCUCACGUGCCUGGCCGUCCUUGAGCUUGUCAACUGCAUGCAGUUCUCCACCUUCAAUCUGGCACCCACCGACCCUUACCGUGAUACUGUUUUGGCCACCGGAAACUGCGACGGUAACGACCAUGACAUGGUCGGGGACGAGACUCCAAAGGCGAUAUCCGUACCGUUCAUCAUCUACCCAUGGACCUACCUCCCCAAAGAGAUGCCGACCCUCUGGCGCCUGAACUGGCAAGUCGGACAAAAGUUCACCCUGAGCAUGUACUCGAUGAGGUAUCUUGUCAGGGUUCAGCUUCCCAACCUUAAGCGCUUGCGCAUGAAAAUUUCAAACUGGGACGAGGUCUACUGGGCCCUCCGCCGCGAGAUGCAUCCUAUUGAUUUUGAGCAAUGA